GUUGACGUUUAAUUUAAUUUUAAUUAUGUGUCAUUGUUCUCCUGCAUUGUUUCAGUACUGGAACUGAAUGAAAAGCAAAUAUAAUAAAAUUUAUACUUUAUAAUUCGCAAAUGAUACCAAACGAACGUUGUAUGUGAUUUAUGAAAACGUUUAAAAAUAUACUUUGUACAACUUUCAGAACACAAUGGUUGAUGAAAAUCGUAUUCGGCAAUGGUUAACCAGCGCAAACUAUCACAACCCUGAUAUUACAUUACGAGAAAUUUUAAACGUGGUGAAACAUUACCCUGGACUGACUCCUUUAAAUGAGACAUAUACUUUCUUAUUUCAAGUGUUUAAUGAUGGAACCCAAAUGGACUUAGUAAAUUUAGGUGGCACAAUACCAGUAAGAUAUAAAGGGAAUGUCUAUAAUAUUCCGAUAUGUAUAUGGUUAAUGGACACUCACCCUAAGAAUGCCCCUAUUUGUUAUGUUAAACCAACAUCAGACAUGGCUAUUAAAGUUUCUAUGUUUGUAGAUCAAAAUGGGAAAAUAUAUUUGCCUUAUCUACAUGAUUGGGUUCCACAUACAUCAGAUCUAUUGGGAUUAAUUCAAGUAAUGAUAGUUACAUUUGGUGAACAACCACCUGUUUUUGCAAAACCAAAAGAUGAUGCACCGUAUCCAUCUUCAACUUAUAUGCCACAGCCAGCUAGCAGUUCAUUCCUACCUUAUCCUGCUGCAUCUUCCUAUCAACCAGGAGGAUAUGGAGGCUAUCCUCCAUAUCCUCCCGUAAGCUCUUCUGCAUUUCCUUCAUACCCACCGUACCCCACCCCUUCUUAUCCACCAUAUCCACCUACAUCAUCUUUCCCAGGAAUCAAACCUGCACCCCCUAUUCCUGGUAGUACAGGAACUAUUAAGGAUGAACAUAUUCGAGAAUCACUUUUAACAGCUAUAGAAGAGAAACUUAUGAGACGAAUGAAGGAACAAUUUCAACAAAAUCAAGCUGAAUUAGACACAUUGAGAAAGACUCAUGAAGAAUUGAAACAUGGUAAAGCUAAACUAGAUUCCAUGUUGCAAGCAAUGGAAAAAGAAAAGAGUGAUUUGGAAAAAAACAUCCUCUUACUAAAAGAUAAAGAACAAGAAUUGGAAAAUGCAAUUGAGAGACUCAGUAACCAAGAGUCUAUAGAUGUCGAUGAUGCUGUGAUUACUACGGCUCCUUUAUACAAGCAGCUACUUAAUGCAUACGCCGAAGAAGCUGCUAUUGAGGAUGCUAUUUAUUACAUGGGAGAAGCUUUACGGUGUGGUGUUAUAGAUUUGGAUGUAUUUUUGCGACAAGUUCGAAUGUUGUCUAGGAAACAAUUUAUGUUACGAGCUCUGAUGCAAAAGUGUCGACAAAAAGCAGGUUUAGCUGCCUAAUUAAUUAUUAAGCAAUAUCGUUAAUUAUAAAUUUUAAUUACUAUAUAUAAAAUCAAUUUUAUUAUU